UAAAGACAAUAAGUCUCUCGUUUUUUUUUACUUUCUGAAGUUAAAAUAGGAUCCAAAUCCCUCCCAUUUUGAGGCCCACCACAACAUGAUAUAAGAGUGUGGUUUCCCCACCCACGGAAUUGAUUGACAGCGGCGUAUUAACAUGUCACUAGUAACGUGAAUAAUCAUAUCAAAAAGAAAGCAUAAGCGCAAAGCAAAGGGGAUUUAAAGAUCUGUUCAGCUCCCUGUGGUCAUCAGUCAUCAUCAAAUGUGAUCAAGAAUGAGUUUUACAAGUUUAAAACGUUUUUAAAACAGUGCAAGUUUGUAAUGAAUUACAGCAAUUUUACCGUCUUUACUUCAUCACCACAGCCGCAUGUCAGUACAAUUAUAAAAGAAGAUGCUUCAAUCGCGGUUUGUGGACGUUAAAUCAGGUUUAUUUUGCAAAAAAAAACUUUGUUUGCAGACUCAAACGUAAGCUGCCUUGGGGUCAUUUUAAUAUAGCAGUCACGGUCAGAUAUAAAAAUACACUUUUUAAAUGAGUAUUUAAUAAAAUAACUGGUUCAAAUGGUUAAAUUAAUUGAAUUUUCCAAUCAAUUAGUCGUUUAUAAAAAUGAAAUGAUUAUUCGGUCAUAAAUUACCCUCAUGUUAUUCCAACUCCUUGAGACAAAUUCAGAUAUUUUAGGUGAAAUUUAAGAGCUGCUCCAUCCUCCAUAGACAGCAACAGAGGGGUUGAUAUGUUCAAAGUUCAGGAGAGCAAUUAAAAACAUUGUCAAAAAAUUUCAUCUGACUCUAAACUAAUCAAAGGAAGGCCGAAGAGCACUUGUUGGCCAACAAAAUUAUGCGUGUUUAUUACGUGCAGUACGUGUUGUGCUGUAAAUAUGGCAAUGUGGUACUGAAUGUAGUAAACGCGCACCUGGACCUGACCCGGGUAAGAGAAGAACGGUUGUAGUUUGUAUUUAUUUUAAGUGUUCUUGUAGCUGCCUAUGAUUAAAGUUGUUUAACCACUGAUGUUCCAUGGAUUGUUUUUACAAUAUCUGGAUUCUUUUUCUGGACUAUGAAUGUCUUUGUACCAUCGUUUUGCAGUUCUGUGGUGAAUGAGGGGUUUACAAAAGCAACUGGACAACCUUAAGAAGAAAGUGGACCUAAACAUGGACCAUUGUACAGACCAAUAGCUAUCAGAGAGAGAUGAUUCCACAUGAAGCACAUGGAUCCUUUCCUGACAGGAGUCCUUCCAAUGGGCAAGACUAUGGUACAAGUGGAGCAGAGUAAUAGGACAAUGAAAAUCUGAGUUCUGCUUUGCAUGUAAAACAUUUUGAAAAAGACGAGUGGUUAAAUUACAGGAAAAGCUCCAAGACCAUGAAGUCUAACCAGGAGCGCUGUAAUGAGUGCCUUCCGCCAAAGAAGCGGGAGAUUUUAGCACUGGAAGAGAAGCAGGUGCUGGUGUCAGCUGCUGUUAGUGAGAGCCAGAGUGGAGAAAAUUUGGCUUGGCUAGCCAGUGUUGCUACCAUGGCUAGCAUGGCCCACAUCCCCAACAAUGCAGGCCCAUCACAUAGCAACAGUUCUGAGCCUGACAGCCCCCCACCAUCAAAUAAGGCUCUCACUGUGGUGGCAGAGUACCCUCCAACUACUACAUCUGCUGGCUUUUCAUUCUCUUCCAAUAGUUCCACCUACAGAGGAGUCUUGUCGGGGCCUACCGUACUAACAGCAAGUCCUGCGGUUCUCUCCACAAGCCUUCCUCAAACCAUAGGUUCCGUCCAAUACACACAACUUCCCCCCAAUCUCCAGCUCAUAGGGCCCUAUACAAGUUAUAUCUCUUCACAUAUUGUCCCAUCCACAUCCAGUCCAACACAACCACAGAGAACACCACAAGAGAUCUUGGCCACAACAGCUGUCAUCUCUCAAGCAUCCAGCCUUGAUUCACAGAGUCAUGUGAUUUCUUCUAUACCAAAUGUUUCCCACAGUCAAUGCAUCCAGGUCGAGAGUGCUCCUUUGGGUUUGACAGUUUCUUCUCCUUCUACACAACUGCCCCUUCAAAUCCAUCCACACUCAGCUGUCCUUGCUCCUCAUGCCCUGGCUCUCACCCCCUCUCAAGUGGUACUACACUACACCGAUGGCUUCAUUGCAAAGCAGCCAGACUCCCAUCGCAGAGAGGUGCUGAAUGGUGCACUAGGGGAUGUUACAGUAGUCAAGCACAAUACUACAAUGGCCAAAGGGAUCUCUAGCCAGCCAGAUGUUGAACAGAACCACAAGCAAAACCAUAACCUGGGUAUCCAGACGCAAGCUCAGGUUCUGCUGCCUGCAGACUACACCACUAAUGACAGAGCAGGUCUGCAGACUUCGCUGAUGCUGGUAUCCAGUAGCCACCUUGCAGCAAACAGCAACUCGGACAUCCAAAGUAUCUUGGGUAAAGACCACUCAUCUUUGCACCUUGCUGAGAGAGGAGGGAUCUGCCUAGGCAAGCCAAUGUCCAGAGUGUCCUCCCUUACUUCUUCAGACAGCCAAGUUUCUCCUGCCUCAACAAUUUCCCCCCACACACUCAUCCAGGCUCCUCACAAUGCUCCUCAACAGGAACUCUCCACCAGCCUUUACUCUGCUACACAGCUCCCAAUUAUUGGCUACAUCACCAGUGCUUCUGGUGGACCUCAGCAAGCAGUAACUGGUUAUCAGAGCAACCUGCCACAGCAUGUGGUAAUCUCAGGCAACCCCUCCUUGCUCAUUCCGGUGAGUGCCACUAACAUCAAUCCGUCUACUGCUGAGCCGGAGGUCACACGCUGUUCUGUCAUCCCCAGUUUAGCUAAUGCAUCAACAGCUCUGCCCCAGACCUUUAUUAAUACAUCCCCACCUGCAGCAGUAGCUUCAGUUCUACCCAAUGGUAAAGACAUCACAGGGUCUGAUGGAGGUCUUGUCCCCUGUGCUGUGCCAAGUCCUACCCAAAUACAGCUGCCUGUUCUUUCAGGCAGUGUAGUGAGAUCUCCAGUCCCAGCUACACCUCCAAUUUCCACAAGCCCUCACAGCUCACCAUCAUCACCAACAGCAGGACUUCCUCCAUUCUUCAUGAAGGGCUCUAUUAUCCAGUUGGCAGAUGGCGAAUUGAAGCGUGUGGAGGAUCUGCGGACAGAGGACUUUGUGCAAAGUGCUGAGGUUAGUGGAGAACUGAAGAUUGACUCCAGCACUGUAGAGCGCAUAGAGGGCAGCGGCACUCCUAAUGCUGUCAUCAUACAGUUCUCAGUGGGAGAGAACAAAGCCCAGGUGUGUGUUGAGGUUCUGGUGGAAUACCCUUUCUUUGUGUUUGGUCAAGGUUGGUCAUCCUGCUGCCCUGAUCGCACCACCCAGUUACUAGCGCUAUCCUGUGCCAAACUCUCUGUGGGCGAUGUCUGUAUCUCUCUCACUCUUAAAAGUCUAAAAAAUAGCAUUCAAAAGAAGGAUCAUUUUUCAGACUCUGUGAUGAAACACAGCCUUUUAAAUGCAACCAAAAACAAUGGGCCUCUUAUGGAAAGACCAACCCAAGUGGAUGAUCUCAAGAAAGGACACAAAAUUCCAUCAGAAGUGGAAAAUAGUAUUGUAGAAAAACUUAUUGAGACUUCCAACACAAAAAUUGUGUUGUCCCUUUCUGAGAAUGGGGGCUCAAAUCCUCAGACACUAGUUAAUCUUCAGAACCAAGCUGAAAAAACAUAUACAUCCACUGCAGAGAGACCCAUUAGUCGCAAGAGGAGAUGGUCUGCCCCAGAGAAAGCAGACAUGCAGAAGUCGCGAGAGGACCCUCAGAUUUUACCCAAAUUUUCCUUCAUCCCACAUCAGCUGAAGGUCAGCAUUGAAGGCCGUUCCAGCACAGGUUGUUGAGAAGCUUCUGAACUCCAUAGAGCAGUGAUGGGGAGGUGAUUUUUAACAAAGAAAUACAAAAAUUAGCCUUACUUAAUUAGCCUUAAUUUGACAAAUCACAUAUAGUUGAUUAAGUGAAUAAAAUUAGUUUUUGCUUGGUGUUCAAGAUGAUGCUUUUGCUUCAACCACUGAGAUUCACUUUCCCUAUCACUGCCAUGGACUCAAGGAAGGCCAAGGAAGAGCAGAUUUGUUUUUGGUACUUUGUUGCUUUCCUCUGACAUUCAUAUCCAGGUUACUGUAAUGUUAAGUCAUUUUACACAAGACUAAUGUGUGUGAUUAUUUGAGUGUGUCAUAUGUAACAUUGAUCCUUACACUUACUUUUUCUAAAUCUGCUGGACAUGACAAUUUUGGGUUGUAUAGCGAAAGGUCUGACCAUGUUUUUUUUCUCUGCUUGCUACUCAUAUAGUAUCUAAUUUUGUGUACAGAAUUCAUUAAAAAUCAGGGUCCUGACUGGAUAGGGACUGUUACAAGGACUGAUGGCAAAAAGUAAAAAGUGCUUUUGGUUAGUUGUGAGAGUCUAUUUAUCCUGACAGAAGCCACUUUCCUCUUGUUACUGCCCAGAAAUGUCCUGUGCUCAUACUGUUGGCUAAGAGUGACAGGCUUUGCUCAAGUGACUACUCAAGUGAAUCAGACCAAGGUCAAGAAUAGCAUCAAGAUUCAACAAUGAAUGUUAAAUGAUUUAUCCAUAUAUUUUCAUUCAAUUGCUGAUAGUCUUUUAGAUAUGCAAUACUGAGCUUUCACAUACCUCAUAUGUGCAUUUAACAAAUAACCCAGUCAGACUGCCUGACUGGAUCUGUGAUCUCAGUUUAGAAUGAGAAAGCAUUGGAGAAAUCCUGGCUGUGUGUAAAGAAUCUUUGCUCAGAAUUAGCACUUUAAAGAAAGGUUAAGGAACGCUGAAUGGACGGAAACAUUCCCACCUCUGUUUUGUUACUACAGCAACAGACAGUUUUGUGUGCUGUUGGUCAUUUUGUGCAUUACUACCCAUUAUAUGUGCAAAGCACUUCUCAUUUAGUAUUUUUGAAUUACUGAUGUCUUCUUUACACUAUUUUAAGUGUUGUGGGCCUUACUUAGUCCAGCUGCAAUAAUACUCAAUGUUAAAGACGCAACUGAAUCCCUAUACAAGACAAAUAACUAUACGCAGCAUCUUUGAUGCUAUAAACUAGCCAAGUUUUUCAUGUUUAUCCAAAAUACAAAUGCAAAUUUUGAAUCAAGGUUAGCUUAUAUAUAUAAAAACCUUUAGCAUCUAAAGGCCCUGGUUAUACUUCAAAUGAUGUUCAUUUUUUGAGGGCAAAAAGAAAUUUGAAAUGGCUGAGUGACGGUAUUGACCUUACUGUUCACACAAAUGGCUCAAGACUUCUGGUUUCUGUCACUUUCAUUUAUUUUUAGAUGUUAGAUUUUAGAUGCAAACUUAUAUUGUAUUGUUUGAUGAUCAUAAACAAGCUCAAGUGUUCAUGGGAGAAUGCCUAACCAGUCCACAUGUGUUUUGUAGACUCUGAGAAGAUAUUCGACUGUGUCCCUCGUGGCAUUCUUUGGAGGGUGCUCUGGGAGUAUGUGGUCAGAGGUGCUCUGUUAAGGGCUGUCUCAUCCCUGUAUGAACGGAGCAUGAGUUUGGUUUGCAUUGCCGACAAUAAGUCAGACUUGUUUCCAGUGUAUGUUGGACUCGUUGUAUUGGUGCAGCGGCCUCAGUAAUGCGAUUAAUGUACUGGUCUAUUGUGGUAAAGAAGAAGCUAAGCCAAAGCUCUCAAUUUACAGAUCAAUCUACGUUCCUACUCUCACCUAUGAUCAUGAGCUUUGAGUCAUGACCGAAAGAAAAACAUCUUAGAUACAAGCUGCCGAAAUGAGUUUCCUUCGCUGGGUGGCAGGGUGCACCCUUAUAGAUAGGGUGAGGAGCUCUGUCACCCGGAAGGAGCUUGGAGUAGAGCUGCUGCUCCUCCACAUCGAGAGAAGUCAGCUGAGGUGGCUCGGGUAUCUGUUUUGGAUGCCUCCUUGAAGCCUACCUAGGGAGUCGUUCCAGGCAUGUCCCACCAGGAGGAGGCCUCGGGAUAGACCCAGGAUACGCUGGAGGGACUAUGUCUCUUAGCUGGCCUGGGAACACCUCGGGAUCCCCCUGGAGGAGCUGGAGGAUAUGUUUGGGGAGAGGCAAGUCUGGGGUUCUCUUCUAAGACUGCUGCCCCUGUGACCCGGCCUCGGAAAAGUGAAUGAAAAGGAAUAAAUGAAUAUAAUUGUACUUUUUUCCCUUUGUUGGGUUGUGGCUGCGUAAUACAUAUGCCGAAAUCAAUGGUGGUUCAAUCUGUUGUGGUGACCCCUGAUAAAUACUGGACUAAAUCAAACUUUAAAAAGCACGGCACGACAUGGUGGCACUCCUUAUCUGGUGUGUGACCCCCUCUAAGUUUUUUUUAAUCUUUCCUCAGAAGAUUGUAUAGGUGUGGAUGCAUCUGUAGCAGCUCUGCUACUCAACUCUACAGUGUAUUUCAUUUAUGUGGCUAACUUGGUGUUGUUGUGUUGGAUGCCUUAUCCCCUGUCUGGCAUUAGAUAUGAAUCAAUCUCGUGUCAAAGAAGGCAGAGUUCCAGAACACACCCACCUAUUAGGAAAUUGCCACGAUGGUGUUUAGGAGCCAAAACAAACUCCCCCAAAAGUUUGCUUUGGUAAGCAGUUUCAAACUGCCAAAACAAACUCAAACGAUCUCGAUUUAAACAGAAUUUGUUCCAAAUUACGUCAUUUCAGUUUGUUGUUGGAUUUCAUUUAAAGUAUACCUGGGCCUUAAUGAUGUUAAUAAAACUUUAUAAAUCUGUAAACAAACAAAAACAUUAUCCUACUAUUAAGAAUCAGUGGGUCAGGAAAAUGAUGUGCUGUGAAUCUGCUAUGCCAUUUAAAGCAGAAAUCAGCAGAAAUGGGAAAAUAUGGGUUAUAAUUUAAAAUAUAAUUGCAGUCCCUCACAUCUUAGUUUUCUGGUUGUAUUAACUUAAAUGUGGCACCUACUCAGUGUAAGUUAUCUCAGCCACUGUCUUUUAAAAUGUUGAUUUCUUCAUAAUUAGCAGUAUGCCAUUAAUUGCCUAAACAUGAACAGUCAUUGUACCUUCUCUGCAGAGAAAAAAAAAAAACACAAAAUGAUGAAUGUUGAGACGCUAUUUUUAGAAUUUAGUAUCCACAUUAUCUAUUUUCUCUGUCUUUAUCUUUACUGUGCUUGUCAUGUUUAACAAAUUUAAAGGAAUUAUAGUGCAUUGACAAAUUACAGAUAAGGUAAACAUACUUUUUUAAAACAACAAAUAUAAUUGCUAUAUUCCAUAAAUAAAUCAUUAUGGGAUUAUCUUC